AUGACUUCAGGCCUGCUGCAGUUGGGACCUCAUGGAUCGGGUCUCAGUCUCCUCGGGCCGAAACUGGGGUGGGUAAACACUGGCGAGCUUAGGGGUAACCUUUUUCAUGGCAAGACCAUACAGCUCCGAAGCCCCCUUGACUCGGUCAAAUACCUUCUGGAACCGGGACAGCUCGUGGGGGACCAUGAUAGAACUUGGCCAAAGAUUGGGGAGGAUCGUGUCACUGAGGUGAUGGCAUGGUGCCAGCGCGCCAUGGAUAACACCAAGAAAAAGAACCGUAGGGCCGAGUCCGAACCUCAAUGGGGACGGGGGGCCAAGCGUCUUAAGCUUACCUACCUGAUAAGACAUCGGGCCGCGACGGAACCUCUACCGAAAACCAAGGCCGAAUUUGUCACGGCUACAGCAAACGAUGCUAGCAAAACGAAGCAGAGGGCCAAGCCCCAACGUGGAGAGAAGCCCGUGAAAGCCAUGCCACCCGAAGCAACGGCACCUAUCAACAACGUCCUUGAUAUCAUCAGCACUAAGAGGGUGGAGGCGGUAGAGCUAGGGGGCUUGAGUGAUGAUGACCACUCCACCCCGUCUUCACACACGGCUGAUGACGACAACGAAGUGAUUUGGAUCAAGACACAACCUUGCCCUCGGAUCCCCACCGCCGAGGGGAGCCUUGUUUCGACAGAAAGGGGCGAUAGGAAACAUGGGGGUUUUCCGUUCCUAUUCCUGCCCCCAGAACUCCGUCUGGUGAUAUACGCCCAUCUCUUCAACUUCGACCAACCUGUGUUUCCCGACAAGACGGCAUAUCGGUAUUAUUAUGAUCCGAUUAUCGAGCCACGCUCCCACACCAACGUUGCCUUCGCCAUGAUGUGUGUCAACAAGCAGCUGGCGGAGGAAGUGGCGCAUUUCGUCUACACCCAAAACCGGUUCUUCUUACCAGGAUCCAGCUCUUUUUCGUUCACCAGCAUUGGCCGAAGAAACUCAAACCUCUUACAGCAUAUCAUCAUUGACUGCGCGGGCCUUCCCGAGCGGGUCGCCCUGCAGCUGUCUGGGGUGAUGAGCAAUGCUAUAUGGAGCCCUGACUUUGAAAACCUUCGGAAGUUAACCUUCUACGAUCGUUGGAAAGUGCUUGAAACAUCCAUCCUUCCCCGCACAUUAUUGGCAAUUGGCUCGGCGCAGAGGUGGAAGAUGUUUCCGAACCUCCACAGUAUGCAUUUCGACUUAGGCGCCACUACGUUUACGUUACAAGAGCAGGCGCACUUUGAGAGGCUCUGUCUGCAGAGCAGAGCGAACAUUACUGUGGGCCCGGAACGACUUGGCGGGCUCAUGGAUGGUAAUUCCUCCCAACCUGGUGAGGUCACGCUGACAUUGACCCCCGCCGAGAUGGAUAUAAAGCUAGCCCUCCAUCGCGAAGAGAAGAAGAAGAGGCUGGCCGCGAGGCGCGAGCAGCAAAGGCGAGCCUCAGAGUUGAAGCAGGAGGAGGAGCGCAAGGCCCAGCUGGAGGAGAAACCCAAAGUCCCGUCGGAGGAGAAACCCAAAGUCCCGUCGGAGGAGAAGGCAGAGGCAUAA